GAUUUGUACUGUGUUCGUAGUGACCUGGGGAACCUGCUCAAAGCCCUGGGUCGCUUGGAAGAAGCCAAGGCAUGUUAUUUGAAAGCAAUUGAGACGCAACCAAACUUUGCAGUAGCUUGGAGUAAUCUCGGCUGUGUUUUCAAUGCACAAGGGGAGAUUUGGCUAGCAAUUCAUCACUUUGAAAAGGCUGUCACCCUUGACCCAAAUUUUCUGGAUGCUUAUAUCAAUUUAGGAAAUGUCUUGAAAGAGGCACGCAUUUUUGACAGAGCUGUAGCAGCUUAUCUUCGUGCCUUAAGUUUGAGCCCAAAUCAUGCGGUGGUGCAUGGCAAUCUGGCUUGUGUGUACUACGAGCAAGGCCUAAUAGACUUGGCCAUCGAUACCUACAGACGAGCUAUAGAACUGCAGCCACAUUUCCCAGAUGCUUACUGCAACCUAGCAAAUGCACUCAAAGAGAAGGGCAGCGUUGCUGAAGCAGAAGAUUGUUAUAACACAGCUCUUCGUCUAUGUCCUACCCAUGCAGACUCUUUGAAUAACCUCGCCAAUAUCAAACGGGAACAGGGCAAUAUUGAAGAGGCGGUCCGCCUAUAUCGCAAAGCAUUAGAAGUCUUCCCAGAGUUUGCUGCUGCACAUUCCAACUUAGCAAGUGUACUGCAACAACAGGGGAAGCUGCAGGAAGCACUGAUGCAUUAUAAGGAAGCCAUACGAAUCAGUCCUACAUUUGCUGAUGCUUACUCUAAUAUGGGAAACACUCUAAAGGAGAUGCAGGAUGUUCAGGGAGCCUUGCAGUGUUAUACUCGUGCCAUCCAGAUUAAUCCUGCCUUUGCAGAUGCACACAGCAAUCUGGCUUCCAUUCACAAGGAUUCAGGGAAUAUCCCAGAAGCAAUAGCUUCUUACCGCACAGCUCUGAAACUUAAGCCUGAUUUUCCUGAUGCCUAUUGUAAUUUGGCUCAUUGCCUACAGAUUGUCUGUGAUUGGACAGACUAUGAUGAGCGAAUGAAGAAAUUGGUUAGUAUUGUAGCUGAGCAGCUAGAGAAGAAUAGGCUGCCUUCUGUGCAUCCUCAUCACAGCAUGCUGUACCCUCUUUCUCAUGGCUUCAGGAAGGCUAUUGCAGAGAGGCAUGGGAAUCUCUGCUUGGAUAAGAUUAAUGUCCUUCAUAAACCACCAUAUGAGCAUCCAAAAGACUUGAAGCUCAGUGAUGGCCGGUUGCGUGUAGGGUAUGUGAGUUCUGACUUUGGGAAUCACCCUACUUCUCACCUUAUGCAGUCUAUUCCAGGCAUGCACAAUCCUGAUAAAUUUGAGGUGUUCUGUUAUGCCCUGAGCCCAGAUGACGGUACAAACUUCCGAGUGAAGGUCAUGGCAGAAGCCAAUCAUUUCAUUGAUCUUUCUCAGAUUCCAUGCAAUGGAAAAGCAGCUGACCGCAUUCACCAAGAUGGAAUUCACAUCCUUGUAAAUAUGAAUGGGUAUACCAAGGGGGCUCGAAAUGAGCUCUUUGCUCUCAGGCCAGCUCCUAUUCAGGCAAUGUGGCUGGGAUACCCUGGGACUAGUGGUGCACUGUUUAUGGAUUAUAUCAUCACUGAUCAGGAAACUUCCCCAGCUGAAGUUGCAGAACAGUAUUCUGAGAAACUGGCUUACAUGCCUCAUACUUUUUUUAUUGGUGAUCAUGCUAAUAUGUUCCCUCACCUGAAGGUAGGCAGAAAAUAA